AGAACCGCCAAAGAUAUAUACCCUCGAUCCUAUUCUCUUGGAUGCCAAAAUAAUUCCUCCCAAUUUUAUCAUCUUCACGUUCUUCAAUAUCAAUAGCCACACGAUUUCAUUUUGUUUUCUCCCAGAUUUUAUCACUUUCAGAUACCAUAAAUGCAUUAAUUCCUCAAUUUUAUUCGCCUUCUGCUUCAUUUCAGGUUAAUCUCUUUGAAAAAUGGAUCGUCUUAGUUCCCCAGCACGUCUAAUGAUAGUUUCAGAUCUUGAUCAUACUAUGGUUGAUCAUCAUGAUGCUGAGAAUCUCUCUCUUUUGAGAUUCAAUGCUUUGUGGGAAUCGAAUAAUCGCCACGAUUCGUUGCUGGUGUUUUCAACUGGGAGAUCUCUAACCCUUUACAAGGAGUUGAGGAAAGAGAAACCCAUGUUGACUCCAGAUAUCACAAUUAUGUCAGUUGGCACUGAGAUAACAUAUGGUAAAUCCAUGGUUCCGGAUGAAGGUUGGGCCAAAAUUUUGAGUCAGAAAUGGGAUAGGGAUAUAGUUAAAGAAGAGGCAAGCAAGUUUUCUGAGCUCAAACCUCAGGCUGAGACAGAGCAACGACCACAUAAAGUUAGCUUUUACGUUGAGAAGGAGAAAGCGCAAGAAGUGAUGAAGGUUCUUGCCGAGAGAUUGGAAAAACGUGGGUUGGAUGCCAAGAUAAUUUACAGUGGAGGAAUUGACCUGGAUAUAUUGCCACAAGGUGCUGGAAAAGGACAAGCCCUUGCUUAUUUGCUUAAGAAGUUUAAGUCUGAGGGAAAACUACCCACCAAUACCCUUGUGUGUGGUGAUUCUGGAAAUGAUGCUGAGCUCUUCAGCAUCCCUGAAGUUUACGGUGUCAUGGUUAGCAAUGCUCAAGAGGAAUUGCUGCAAUGGCAUGCACAAAACGCAAAAGGAAACCACAAAAUUAUCCAUGCAACUGAAAGAUGUGCUGCUGGUAUAAUACAGGCUAUUAGUCACUUCAACCUUGGUCCCAGCAUUUCUCCCAGGGAUGCUAUGGAUUUUACUGAAUUGCAGCUGGAGCAUGUGAACCCAGGCCAUGAAAUCGUUAAAUUUUACUUGUUUUAUGAGAGAUGGAGACGUGGUGAAGUUGAGAACUCUGAGUCAUACUAUGCAAGCCUCAAAUCAGUUUGUCAUCCUUCAGGGGGUUUUAUCCAUCCAUCUGGCGAGGAGCUCUCUCUUUAUGACAGCAUAGACAAACUCAAAAAAUGCUAUGGAGAUCGUCAGGGAACAAAAUACCGGGUUUGGAUUGAUCGCCUUUUGCCAACAAGGAUAAGCAAUGAUGCAUGGCUUGUGAGGUUUGAUAAAUGGGAAACAUCUGGUGAAGAGCGCCAGUGUGGUGUAGUUUCAACUCUAUUGAGAUCUAAGGUUGCCGACUCCUUGAGUGACCUCUUAUGGGAGCAUGUGCAUCAAACAUGGUUGGAUGGUUAUGCUGCCAAGGAUAACAACUCAUGGAUGUUGUAGGUUUGCCCACCUUGUGCUGGAUGAGGCUAAAAUCUGAGGGGUGUAAUUCUUUUGUAAAACCUUGACAUUGUUUUAGCUAUACGAUGAAUCAUGAACGUGCCGUGAUCAUUGUCCUUAGUAAUAAAUAUGUUUCGCGACAUGUUAAAUUCUUUACAAUGCUCCAACAGAUUAUACAAGAUACAUGUUAAUAAUUACUAACCUUGUGUAACGUGAAUUGAGCGAUUACCAGCUUACUACAAUCUCAUGUUUUUUUUGUUAAA